AUGGAUUUUGGCUUAGUCUCCUUAUCUUUGAUCGAAGAGCUUGCAGCCUUGUUGGCCGCCGCCAGCUUCCUGGACGUCUCCGCACUACGGAUGUUGCGCAUGAUGCGUUUGGUGCGCGUGGCACGCAUCAUUCGAAUGCUGCGUUUCUUUUCAGAGCUGCGUGUCAUGGUGAAUGGCAUCAUGGGGUCGGCGAAGCCCUUGCUUUGGGCCUUCGUCUUCUUGCUCAUUCUGAUGUUCAUGGUUGGAGUGACCUUCAUGCAGCUCGCUGCCAACUACAUGUCACAGGACGGACUGAUGGAAGAUGAUCUGAUGUAUUACUGGGGCUCUCUAGCACGGACCAUGAUGACCCUCUAUAUGGCCAUUUCGGGUGGUGUCGACUGGAAAGAUUGCGUGGCGCCCUUGCACGUGGUGAGUUGGGCAAUGGAAUACAUGUUUGCUACUUACGUCUUCUUCACCCUCUUCUGCUGCCUCAAUAUCGUGACAGGCAUUUUUGUCGACAAUGCCAAAGCAUUGAAGUCCGCGGACGAGGAUGCCAUGUACCUGGAAGCCCUGACCGAGCGGAAACGUUGGAUCGCCGAGGUGAAGGAACUCUUUUCAAGGUUGGAUACCAGCAUCAACGGCAAGUUCACGUUCCAGGACUUUAAGACGCACGUCUCCAGCAUCAAGGUGCAAACCCUGUUCCGCAAGCUGGGCAUCAACGUGGACAACAUCGAGGCCGACGAGCUCUGGGAGAUCCUGGACGCCGACCGCAGCGGCGAGAUCGACGAGGAGGAAUUUGCCAAAGGCGCGGCUGACCCGUCGUCGGUCGUGGUCGUUAAAUCCUCGCCAGGCCUCAAGUACUUCCAGGGCCCUGCACAAAGCAUCCACGUCUAUCGCCUGAUGAAGGAGAACCAACGCCUACACGACAAGGCGCGACCGAACGACCCGGAACGAGGUGAACCUCCCUCACGGCGUCCGGACCCGAAGGGCGUCCCCACCUGGAUCGAUCGAACCGGCGUUCCGUUCGACACGGCGGCUCCUCCAGGACUGGACCUUCAGACGGGAUGUGAUGUUGGGCUAGCCCGCCAGGUUAAGAGUGAGAUGUUGGGUCUGUCCGAAGGUACCUGUAGCAGUAAACAGUUAUCGCAUGUGAUCGCUACGGACAAGGCCUCUAUACUAACCAUCAUCCACUGGGCUCAGGUAUUGGGAUAG